UUAAACCGGAAGUGAAUUAUCGGCGGAAUAUUGUACUAAUUGAAUGAAUGAAAAACAUAGAAUGCCUUAAUUUUUGAAAAUUGAAACUCCAUUAGACCGCUUUACAUUCUGUAUACUAUAGUGGAUAUGACGAAACGGAAGAGAGGAGGGAAAGACACCUCUCAGUCUGAGGAGAGUGAGGGUUCUGUGGUGGACAGUGAAGCAGAGAGUGUGGCAGAGUCCAGGGUCACACGGAGGUCAGCUGCAGGCCUGAAUUCUCCACAUCCAGUGGCACCACCAAAGAAGAAAAGAAAGAAGAAUCUCUCAGAGUCCUUAUCAGAAUCAGAAAGUGAACCACCUGUACCCAAAUCCAGUCGAGGCAAGACGGCCAGUGCAGCCAAGAACAAGAGCAAGACCAACAGUUCUCGCUCUAGUGGUAAUUCUAGUGACUCUGACCGGGCAAUCAGUGAUAGCCCAGGCAAGGGAAAAUCAGACUCCGGUAAAAACAGUCGCGGAAAGGACAGUCGCAGGAGUGGGAUAAGUGAAAGAACUGUGACGCCCAGGGGAAAGUUUCCCACACCCUCAAGACAAGGGAAGUCUUCUAAAAAACAGACAAUGGAGUCCUCUUCAGAGGACGGCCUAAUGUCCAUGUGGACAGAGAAAAGGGCCACCCCUAACAUGGACUAUAAUGAGAGUAAUGCAAAGUGCCCACUCCCCGGUUGUGAUUCUAAAGGUCAUCUAACUGGAAGACAUGAGACUCACAGAACACUAGCGUCGUGUCCCCUCUAUCACAACACUUCAGCCGAUGAAUGCAAGAAAAAAUAUGAUGACCGUCAGAAGCAGCAGGAAGAAAAGGAUAAAACCCAGGAGACAACUUCGGGAAAGAGAGAUAUGAGACGAUUGGUUCAGACCAAUGAGCAGAAAGAAAAAGUGCGAGCAGUACGAGACGAGAGGAAGAAAUUCAAAGAGAUUCCUGACGACCUGAGGAAGAAACACCGUGCACACAAGGAGAACUUUGAGCGAGCCAGGGAACCACUGCUCCAGGGUCUGGCGUCCAAGAGCGAUCUGAAGCUGUUCAAGGAGGCCCAGGCGAAGGCCUGUGAAGUGUUGGAGCAUGAGAUUACUACCCACUACUCCAGGAAUGACCUGCAGGAGUACAGGAUCAAAAAGCUGGAGAUCGGCCGCUUCGAAAUGUCCACAUGGUAUUCCAGCCCUUACCCUGAGGAGUAUGCCCGCUUGCCCAAAAUCUACCUAUGCGAGUUCUGUCUCAAGUACAUGAAAACUUCCACAAUUCUCAGGAGACACAUGGCAAAAUGUGUAUGGAGACAUCCACCAGGGGAUGAAAUCUACAGAAACAAAAAUAUUUCUAUGUUUGAAGUAGAUGGAAAAAGAAACAAGGUUUACUGUCAGAACCUCUGCUUACUGGCCAAGCUGUUCCUAGACCACAAGACUCUGUAUUUUGAUGUGGAACCGUUCUUGUUUUACGUCAUGACGGAGAAUGACAAUCAUGGGUGUCAUAUAAUCGGCUACUUCUCCAAGGAGAAGAAUAGUUUCUUGAACUACAAUGUGUCCUGUAUAUUGACAUUGCCCCAGUACAUGAGGCAGGGCUAUGGGAAAAUGUUGAUCGACUUCAGUUAUUUAUUAAGUAAAACGGAGAACAAGAUCGGCUCGCCCGAGCGACCAUUGUCUGACCUUGGUCUCAUCAGCUACAGGAGUUACUGGAAGGACGUGCUGCUGGGGUACCUCCAUAAGUACCAGGGCAAGGAAAUCUGUAUCAAAGAUGUGAGCCAGGAGACAGCCAUUAAUGCUAACGACAUUGUCAGCACUCUUCAGGCCCUGGGCAUGCUCAAGUACUGGAAGGGCAAACAUUUAGUACUUAAGAGACAGGAUCUGAUCGAAGAUUUCUUGGAGAAGAAGGCCAAGAGACCCACAGACAAUAGAGCCAUUGAUUCAAACUGUUUGAAGUGGAUACCCCACAAUAAACGGACCGCACCACAACAAGCGUAGUGAUGAAGGACUCUGGAUGGAGGAGAGGUUUCAUAGAUGAAGCCAGCUGUGCCAUGUUAUCUUUGUUUUUAUUAUGUUGUUACUAAAGACAAGCUCAUUUGUGAUCUCAGUCUCAAUUUUCCACCAUAAUUCCUAUUGUUAAAGUGAGACUGAGAUCAAAAGUGAGCUCGUCUAAGUUUUAUGGCCACUGGGGCCAGUUCAGUUACCUGUACAUUGCAUAUUGUUAAAAUAUUGUGUAAAUAUUUGUAUAUACUGUACAUACUGUAAAUUCAUUAGUUUUAGUCUUUAGAGAAAAAAAAAAUAGAGAUUGCUUUUCAUUUGUUUUCAAGAACCUGUAAUGUAUUGACUUGCAAGGCGUGUGAACACUUUGUUCAUUAUCCAAUUUCUCCCGCUGGUACACAUGUUUUUGUGUAGCAGUGUAAGGUAAAAUGUUCGUCUUUAUGUGAGAGGGACAAUGCUUGCUGUGUUCAGUAAUAUAAACAGAGUUAUGCAUGUACCGGUCUACAAAGUGAGACUGAACUCCCGUGCAUGCGAUUUGAUUUUAGAUUGUGUACAGUUAUUUCAUGUACACUGUAUUACAAAGUGAAAUUUUAAUAUGACUGAACAGAAGUGUAUUGAGUUAAAAUGAAAAUUUAAUGCUGAACAAAAUUAGGAUGAGUGCAAUUUUGAGGAUUUUUGAUUUCAAGUACCAGAAGAUUUACCGGUAUAUGUUUGUAUAUAUAUAUUAAAAUACUUUUUAUCCCAUGCCAGGAUACGAUGUCAUAGAAUUGUAGUUUGAAUAACUACAUUGAUUUCAAAAGUUGUUUUAAAUGUUUUCUCUUUUUAAAUUUUAAUUUUUUAAGUUUACAUAAAAAGUGUAUCAAUAUUUUAAUAGCUAUAACAAAGUCCUUGAGGGUUGCUAUAUAAAUGAUAAUCAAUGCUGACUUUGAAAGUAUUUAAAUCUCAUUUUUUGAACAUCAAGUGUAUGUUUCUUUGUUAUGGUUAAUAAACUGGGUGGGUUUUUUUUUACACUGAAAGAAUGAGUAGUAAUAUUCCAGUACCGUACUUCUUUCUUUUGCAAUAUGAACAAUUCUGUAACUGGGAAUUUCUUUGGAAUUUUAGUGAGUCAUUGAAUGUAUAUAGACGUACAUUGUACAUGCAUUUACCGACAUUUGUUCAGUGUUCUUGUGAUAAUAAGUAAUAUUUAUUACAUUCUUCAGUCUUCAUUAUAAAUGUGAGUAGUAUACCAUUUCGUUGAAAAUGUACUUGUUGUUACAUAGAGUUGAUUGUAACUGUAGCGUAAAACCCUGUCCCUAUUUCUUUUCCAAAGUUACUGAACUAUCAUUUUUAAUAAAGUGAUUUUUUUUAAAAUAA